AUGUCAAGCAAAGUUUUGGGCUGUCUGAGUACACUGACAUUGCGAGUACAACAGUUAGGUCAGUUACCACGCCUUUCAAUCUGGUUACCCUCUCUCCCAUUACCUCAGGCCACCGUGCUUGCCUCUGAUGUGCCCAGCCUUUUCCGCGAGCCAUACAUCCUUUCUGGCUACCGACCUGUGAAUCAGGAAUGGCGGAGCUACUUCUGUAGCCUCUUCCAAUGCCACAAUGAGUCGCUCAAUGUGUGGACACACCUGCUGGCAAUCCUUGUGGUUCUACUCCGCUUUUCUUUCCUCACAGGGGCGUGGGGGCUGACUGUGAAUGCGGCCUCUUUACCUUUGCUUUUGUACGUGCUCUCCUCGCUUAUCUACCUUAGCUGCAGCGUGGCCGCCCAUCUGCUGCAGUCACACUCUGAGCUGGUCCAUUACUCCCUAUUCUUCCUGGACUAUGUUGGAGUAGCAGUUUACCAAUAUGGUUGUGCAUUAGGCCUUUAUUUUUACUGUUCUGAGCAUGCAUGGAGACAAAGCCCGGUGGGCGCUGUGUUCCUACCUGGUGCAGCUGUGUUAGCCUGGCUGUCCGUUGCCAGCUGCUGCUUUGCCAAAUUCCAUUACCGCCGCCCAUACCCCCUCUGUAGGAAGAUCUGUCAGAUCAUUCCAACGAGCCUGGCGUACAUGCUCGACAUCAGCCCUGUAGCACAUCGCCUGGCAACCAGAUCUUGGGAGGAGCCGGUGUUAAUGUUCCAUGCCCUUCAAAUUGUGUUCUUCAUGUUAGCUGCACUGUUUUUCUCUUGCCCUAUUCCAGAGCGCUUCUUUCCAGGGAGAUUUGACAUUGUGGGCCAUGGCCAUCAGAUCUUCCACAUCUUCCUGGCCAUGUGUACUCUGUGCCAGCUGGAAGCACUGUUUAAAGACUUUCUGGUGCACCAGCAGUCUGUCUUAGAGGUGCAUGGAGAACACUUUAUCUUACUUGCUGGAGGGUCUUUCUUCGUCUUGGUUUUGUGCAGUGUCCUGACUGCAAUUCUUAUGAGAGGUGCAGUGCAAAAGCAGCUAAAGAAAAAAGUUUAUGACUAAAAAAAUAUAGAAAGUAUUUAACAAUGAAGGCCUACUUAGUUAUACAGCACCAACCAGAUGUAUUUAAUAAUGUAUAAAUAUUAAGAAAUAUAGCAAUACUUUACAAUAAGGAUCUAUUCAUUAACAUUAGUAAACGUAUUAGGUAGCAUUUACUAAUGUUAAUUUAUAAAUAUACUAUUGUUCACUGUGUUCAUGUUAGUUCAUAAAGCAAUAACUUAUGCUAAAAUAUACAACCUUUAACAUUAUAAACAGUGUUGGGUAAAUAAAUAGGCCUAUAAGUUACUUAUUUCUCUUUAAAAUGUAAUUAGAUUACUUUACUGGAGAAAGUAAUCACAUUACUAAUUACUUUAUACUUUAAGUUACUUUCUAACACAAUUUCCGUUUAACAAAAUCAAAUUAAUGUCUAUAUUUCUUUCUUGUUCAUUGUUUCACACAAGUCAUACAGUCAGCUUAUCACAUUUCUCCUUCACGAUGACUCGAUUACAGGGUCAUAAUUCAUGUAUUCUAUAUAAACAAUAUAUUAGAAAUAAGCAUAACCCUAUAAUAUACUUAAAUGUUAUAGAAUUAAUUGAAAGUCAGUAACUGUAAUCUGAUUACAAGAAUUUCAAAUGUAAUGCAUUACAUUAUUUUUUGACUAAAAAGUUAUUAAAUUACUUUAACUAAUUGCUUUGUAAUUGAAUUACACCCUGUAAAUUUAUUAUUCAUUGUUAGUUCAUGUUAACUAACUUAGUUAUCUAAUAGUAGCAAAUACAACCUUAUUGUAAAGUGGCACCAGAAAUAUAGUAAAUAUUGAAAAAAUAAAUAGGCCUAUUAAUAAAUCAUAAACUGCCUUCAGACAUCAUCAUAACCAGAUCUGAACAGAUUAAUUUAUUUUUGUGCAGUUUGUUUAUUAUGCGUAAUGUGAUGGGAUGAAGUAUUUUUUUCGUUAUUUAUUUUGACAUGCAAAGUCCUGUUAUAAUCACAUUUUGAAAUCACAGAUAUCAGAUAUGCCUUAGGGAAGCAUUGUAUUGUUUAACUAUCAAAUACUUUUACAAAUCAUAUCAAGCACAGAUACUGAGUGGGUUUUCCCCACAAAUAAACUCACUGUUCAAGGCAGGAUAGUCAACCACUUAGCCAACAUUCCUCUGAGAUCCAAUACUGUAUGGGUUUGUAUAAAUGGCCUAUUUACUUGAAAACUGUUUCGAGUCUGGGACAAUAUGUUAGGGUUUGUCAAAGCAAAAACAUUCAAAUUAAGGGGUAAAGCUGAGUUUGGGCCCAAAUCGAAUGAUGAAGGGUGGAUGAGGGGAACACAUUUAUAGUUGUUUUAGUUUCUCUUGAACAAAUGAAGUACUGCAAUGCUUUUAAUGUAAAUUAUUUGCCUUGUUUCUCUGUAUGAAUUCUUUCUUAUUAACUGUAUUUGAUUCCUCAUAUCAAAUUAUUUCUACCUCGUUCUGGUAGAAAUAUCAGUUUGAACCCUGUGUUUUAUCAAAAGGUUCUUUAGAUACCGUUGUAUUUUAAAUGUGUUUACAGUAAAAUUCUAUUGUUCUUACAAAUGUUUGGUGAAUUUUGCAUAUUAAUAUUCAUUUCCUCAGAUCCAUUCUCAUGAACCUUAGCUGCCUUAUUGAUUAUUUUGCCACAACUGUCUUUUAGUAAAAUAUAAUAUAAAAUAUGAUAUUAUUUAUAGAUCUAAGCUGUCUAAAGAAUGAUCCUUAAGUAUCUUUUGAAAAUGUACUUAAGUCAAGUCAAUUUUAUUUGUAUAGUGCCUUUCACAACACACAUCGUUUCAAAGCAGCUUUACAGAUUAUCAGCAUUAACAGACGAUAAAACUGUAAUGUCUAUAAAGUCGAUUAAUCAUCAUUGUGUAAUUUAGAUAAAAUAUGAUUUUAAUAGUGUUUAAAAAUAAUUAAAUGAUAAUUGUAUUAAUAACCCCAGUGAGCAAGCUGUAGGCGACUUAGUGAAAGAAUUUUCUAUAUAUUUUUUUCCGCAUAGAAUAUAUGAAAAUCAAGGCUAAUAAGCAGGUUGAAGAAUUAACUGAGACUAAUUAACUUUGUAAUAAUAAUAACAUAACAUUUGACCCUUUGACCCUUUCAAGAAAACAUCAGACCAGAUGUUUUCUUGAAAGGGUCAACCGCAUUAUCAACAUAUAGUGUCCACACUGAAAAUCUAGGUUUUGUUUUCUUUUUACUUAAAUGUAGAAAUAAAACAGUAAAUAAAUCUGGAAAUUUGUAAACCAAAGAAAAGUUUUGUGGAAACUGUAAAAAAAUUGUAAUUAUAUUUAUUGCAUUUAUAGCAUUAUGUGCAUUAUUUAUAGCUCACUAAUCGAACAAGCAAAUUUGUGACAUUAACCAAGUUAAUUUGUUCCUUGCAUACAUUGAAUCUUUCAAGAUGCUCUUUGAAACAUGCUGGGAUAACAUAAAGCAUCAGGUUUUGACAGCUUAAUACUGCAAAGCAUAAGGCAGACAUACCAGAUACAAAUAAUUCUGAAAUUCAUACACAUUUUUCAAUUCAAGGAUUACAUUUGAAAAUAAUGCAAAAUAGAAGCAGUUUCACUAGUGGUCUAUGAUGUUUGGACUCCAUUGUGUGUCAUACCUCUAAAAUACAUGAGGAGGCAGCAGGGUUCCAUUCAAAAGCUGAUCAACUAUUUAGUUUAAUUAAGUAUCAUUAAAAACAAAAAUUAUCAUACAGAUAUUAAAUAUUAAUUUAAAUGUUACUUUUUAAAUCAAACUUUAAUAUUUUAAGUUAAUCACAAUGACAAGAAAAAUGCGAGAGAGGUGAAUUCUUUAGAGGGAGAUAAGAAUUAGGCAUUGUAGAGGUUGGAAUGCAAAACGAGGAAGUUUGUGACUCAGUGUCCUUGUUGGAUCAGUGUGUUGCUGCGAGAGCAAUGACACACAGUAAAGGCAAGUCAAUAACAGGUUAUCUACUUUUAUCAUGUAACUGAUGUAAAAGAAACUGGAUGAAGAGUGAUGGCUCCUGUUGAGGAGGGAAUUAUAACCUGGUUAUCAGGUUGUUCUUCCUCCCUACAGAUUACCAUUGUGUCUGUCCUCUUCAUCAUCACUUACAUCACACUCUACAGUCUUUGCACAAGAUGUUUCAGUGACAGUGAAUCCCCCAUGCAUUUGCACAGACGAGAAAAACAAAUAGCCCAACUGCAUUUCCACUAAAUGAAGCACCUACUGAGCAGUUCAACAGAAAUGUAAACAAGUUUGAACAUGGUCGUUCACAUUUCAACCAGGAUCUGAUUCCCCUCUCCUCUCAAAUUCCUGAAGUUUCGAUGGGAACAUCAAGUCCACUAUGUGUUAAAAUCCCACCACUUCCUUCCCUCCCAUCAGAUCCCAUGGCUCACCUUGAGCCUCUGAGACAUUCAUUUAAUCAAUGGGACAGUGUGAAUGUUACAUCCCAGAGUUAUGACUGUAUUCCAGCUGCAAAGUAUCCAACAGAUCACAUACACUCUCUUAUGGAAUUUGAAUUGAAUGAAGAAAAUCCUUAUGAGUGCAUUAGGGAGCCUCUAAGUGACAAAGCUGAUGGGGAGAGUGAGAGCUCUUCUCUAGCAAUGGUAAAGCUGCUGGAGCCUGCUGUUAAUCACUCAGUCACAGCCCUCAACAAUCUAGUAAACAACCAGGCAUUGGAGCAGCCUUUCAUUUCACCUCAAACUCAAAGUGAACAAUAUUUGACUAGCACAGAACCGACUGUUGUCUAUGCUGCAGUGAACUGGAAAACCAAAAGUCAAAAGAACACAGAAGCUUUGUUUCAUACAGACGCUGUGGUUGAUAUGGCUGAUAUUGCUGAGGAAGCUGUUCCUCCCAUUCCAGACAAACAUUUCUAGUAUAAUGAAAAGGCACCAUUGUGAUUCAUAAUAUUUAUGUGUUCUUUUCACCAGUUUUAUAUAUAUAUAUUUUUUUACCAACUGUACUUCCAUGUUACAUAACAUGUAGUAAAUAUCAGUUCUAACAUGCAACCUUUUGUUAAACAGUAUAAAUCAAGACCUCUUCGCCUGGGUUAUUCUAGGUCAAUGUAGAGUCACAUGACACAAAACCCAGACUGGAUUCAGAGACUGAAACCCAUCAUGCCUGUGCUGUCCAGACCUGAAAUGCCCUUUGGAGUCAGCUGACAGAAGAAAGCUUAUAAUCCCCAGACAUUACAUGUCAGACGUUUUCUUCCAAAUGUCUGUUUGUGAAUAAACAAUAAUUAUGGAAUAUUUAGGAAAUAGGCAAAAUAAGGAUGGUAAAAUUAUGUAGGUGAAUGGUGACACAUCAUGGAAAUGUCUUGAAAUAUUAAGCAGAAAUUUAGCCAUAUUAAGCGGAAAUUUAGAUUUUUAUUUUGUUCAUUUUUAUUAAUCUUCAAUAAAAAAACAUUUAUGAAUGCUACAGUGUCAAAUAUAUUAAACUGUUUGCUUGAAAAUGGAAAUGAAGAGUUUAGGCCCUUUAUUAAGAUAUAUCAGAAUGAGCUAAUAAUAAUAAUGUGUCUUUGGUUAUAGAUAUUCAUAUCUAGUCAUGUCGUAUUAUUACGCUAUUCUUUGAUCUGUGCGAUUGUAAUAUACUGUUAUUGAACUGCGGUAGUGUAUGUAUCUGAAUGCGACAUGCAUAAUUAUUAAAUCACUCUCUUCAAACGGAUUGACUACUUUUGUAUAUUUCGCUUUUUUAUCUGUUAUAUUAUAUUUAUUUAUUUUUUAUAUGUAUAUAUGUUUAAAUGUAUGUUUUUAUGUAUGUAUAUAUAUGUUGCAUUCUCUUGCACUGGAAGCUUCUGUCACCAUGACAAGAUUAUUGUGUAUGUAAGCA